CCAUCAAACCCUAAUAUGCACCAAGAAAGUUCCUACUUUUCAAACCCUAAAAAUUCCCUUCUAUCUGCACAAAAUCAAAACUCACCAUGUCUCUUGAUAAGGCGGUUGAAAGGGGAAAGGACACAUCGUUGCCCCCUAUGUCGACGGCACUUGUGGCCGAGACCAACGGGAAUGGCAACGGAACUGGAGCAGCGCCGUCUAACGCCAGCUACCGUCUCCGAUUGAACCCUAAUCAAGACCACAAGGCGGAAAACUAUGACGAUCUAGGUUUGGAGUUCACUCCCCUGCUUUUCAGUUCUCUGGAGCGAUACUUGCCGCCAAACCUCUUGAAUGUUUCUCGAGACACAAAGUAUAAAUACAUGAGGGACAUCCUGCGUCGUUAUUCGACUGAAGGAGAGCGUACUCGAGACCAGAAGCACAGAGAGUAUAGGCAAAAGAUCAUAUCCAAUUAUCAGCCUCUGUACAGAGAACUAUACACAUUGAAUCCUUCAACCUUUUUUGUCCAAUCAUUUUCAAAGGCAUUCAGUGCCAAUGAUAAGAACAGAGAUGAAAGUAUCAGAAGCAUAAUGUCUGAACCUGCUCCAGGAAUCUAUACAUUCGAUAUGCUUCAGCCACGUUUCUGUGAUAUGUUGCUAAAUGAGGUAGAAAAUUUUGAAAAAUGGGUCCAUGAAACAAAAUUCAGAAUCAUGCGACCAAAUACCAUGAACAAGUAUGGCGCUGUUCUUGAUGACUUUGGCAUGGAAUCCAUGCUUGAGAAGCUGAUGGAAGACUUCAUACGCCAUAUCUCAAAAAUUUUCUUCCUUGAUGUUGGAGGGUAUUCUCUUGAUUCCCAUCAUGGAUUUGUGGUUGAAUAUGGAAUGGAUAGAGAUGUUGAACUGGGUUUCCAUGUGGAUGACUCUGAGGUGACUUUGAAUGUGUGUUUGGGAAAGCACUUUACUGGUGGGGAGUUGUUUUUUAGAGGCGUUCGAUGUGAGAAACAUGUGAAUACUGAAACGCAUCCCGAGGAAAUUUAUGAUCAUGCGCAUUUGCCUGGACGUGCGAUUAUUCAUCGUGGGCGCCAUCGACAUGGUGCUAGAGCCACCACGUCUGGCCAUAGACUUAAUUUACUACUGUGGUGCAGAAGUUCUGUGUUUAGGGAGCUGAAGAAACAUCAAAAGGAGUUUGUGAACUGGUGUGGGGAGUGCAAAAGGGAGAAGCAAGCAAGGCUUCAGCAGUCUGUGACUGCAAAGAAAAUGGAGUUGCUUGUGGGUCAAACAGAUGGUGCUGUUUUCAAUCUUCGUUAGAAGAAGAAGAAGAAGAAGAAGAAGAAGAAGAUGAUGAUGAAUGUGGUUUGUUUUUGGGUUGUUGUAAAUUCAGGUUUCUUUCUCAAUUGGACCACAAUUCUGCUGUUUGGGAUUUUGAUCUAAAAUGGUGGAAUGUUGUUUAUUAGACUUUUAGACAGAUUAUAUGCUUCUUGUUGUCAUGGAUUGUUGUUGGUUAGAACAUGAAAUGUAUGUUUUGUGC